AUGAAGAUGAUGGCUCUUGAUUUUGAUCCACUAUUUCGCCUUAAAAAGCGUUUAGAUUCUCUCAAGCGUACGCAUGACGCAGGCGUUGCACGAAGUGCCUUUUUAACAGAAAGGAAUUAUAAUGCAAACCGUCAGUUAAUGCAGAGUCUGAUUCAUCGCUUGCACUCAGUAGAUUCAAAGACAAAAAGAACCAAACGAGUAAUGAAUCGUGUGAAGCUUUCAUCCCCAAAGAAGAUGCGUCCACUUACUGGUAAACCGCAAGAAAUAUUCAAUCCAAACUAUCCCGACUACGCGGAUUUUCACAAUAAGCUUAAUCCUCUAAAGAGAAUGCAUCCGUCUGAAUAUUGUGACCCUUCAGACUCAAAUUUAUUGAAAGAUUUGAAGGAGUUACCAACUCUUCAUCCAUCUCAGGUUGAUAGUGUUUUUCGCAAAAAGGGAAUGUGUUCUGAUAAUGCCUCCCAAAAGGGUGAACCGAUAUUCCCUCCUCCACCCGAUCCCUCGUGUUCUUUAUCUGCCCGUCCUGUUGUGAGCUCAGCUACAAAAUCCACGACUUCCAGUUCACAACGCAUUCGCAAGUGUUCACUGGCCUUCAAUCAAGCUGGACCUUCAAUACCACCCGCAUCUUGUAUGAACAAUUAUACUCAGAAUAUGCGUCCUGCAAUGUCAAAUUCACUCGCUACAGAUUCUUACCCUUAUGUUGACUUACGCACUAAAUAUGAUCCCGAUUUUUACCCAUCCCAAUCUACCUGUUACGACCAGUUAACUCUACCAGGUUUCUCAAACUACUAUGGUUUUAAUUCUUAUGGUCAUUCACCUGGUCACGGAACUUGGUCAUCCCUGGGUAAAUAUGAACAGAGUAUGUCCACACGUCUCGCCCAACCGAGUUCAGCCUCUCUUUCUCCUCCUGAUGUCACAGCUAGUUAUCGCGCUAAUUAUCCAGUCAGCACAGCACCUGAAACCUCUCCAGGAUUUACCACCAACCUGCCCUUUAACCAAUCCUUCCAAAAUGAUAAUUUUAUGCAAAAUAUGCAGUCAUAUCCACCUUCUCUUGAAUCCCAACAGCCAACUUAUGGGAUGAAUCUUCCCUCGUAUUCCUAUCCCCCUCCACCUAAUACCACUUCUUAUAUGUAA